CCCCCGCGCACGGCGCUGCCGUGACGUCACCGCCGCGCCGGGCGGAGAGCGGGACCGGCACCGGGAGCGGGACCGAGCCAGGCCGCCAUGACCAAGCUGGGGCAGUGGCUGUGUGGACUCGCCCUGCUGGGCUCCGCCUGGGCAGCUCUGGCUCUGGCUCCGCCGGCUUUUCAGCCACCGGGCCCGCUCCGCCAGGCGCUGCUGCCGCUGCCCGUCUACCUGCUGGUGGCUUUCGGCUGCUACUCCCUGGCCACCGUGGGCUACCGCCUGGCUACCUUCAACGACUGCGAGGAGGCGGCGGCCGAGCUGCAGGAACACAUCAGGGCGGCGCGGGCGGACCUGCGCCGGCGGGGGCUGCGCUUUGGACCCCAAUAAAGCCCAGGGACGGCAUAAACCGGUGCUGUUCUGUGAUCCCGGGACACGGGGGGAACGUGGGCACCGAGGGCUCUGGGUGCUGCUGGAAGCCACCCCGGGGGAAUCGCUCAGCUCUGGCCGGUGCGAGGUGGGUGUUUGGGGGGCUCUGUGAAGGCCAGGGGUCUCUAUGUUCUCUCUCUCAGUUCUCCCACCACACUGAGGAGCUGCAGGAACCUUUCCCACACACGGYCCUGCCCUGUUUUUCCCUCUCUGAGCUCUCUGGAUUCGGAUGCGGGACAGGCCGUGCCCCAGAGCCCAAGCACAUUCCAGGCUCAGAUGUGGUUCAGCCCUGCAGGUGGGAGCUGGAGGAGCCUCAUCCCGUCCCGCUGGCCGCAUUCCCGGCAAGGAGGAGAGGCACUGGCAGGGUGUGGCGKGCGGCACAGCCUUUAAAUCACAGCGUGGUCCUCCCCGGGCAUUUCAGGGGGAACUCUCCAGCUCCUCUGCCUAUCCACAGCACCACGCUCGGCUUCACUGGGAAGAAAGAGGGGUAGGGGAGUCUCUCUGGAGCUCCCCCCGUUCCUGGGGACCCCCAUCCCUGCUCUCUGACCCGCUGUGCCAGGACUUGCUGCCCUGGCAGCUUCUCCAGCYGAAAGACUUUGGGAUUUUAAUUAGCAGCUGUGUAUCCUCUGCAGAAAGGAGCAGUUGGGAGCGGGAGGGAGGACUCGGGUUAAUUAGCAGGAGCAGCUAAUUAGCUGUUUCCUGAGCAGCAAAGGCCGGGUGGGAACAGGGUGGGAAGCUCCCAGCACUCGCUGGCACACGGAUGGUUGGGGGGUGACACUGCCCUGGAUUCAGCCACAAGGGGCCUUGAUGGGGUCAAGACCACAGCACAAGGACAGCAGUGCUCCAGGGGCUACUGACAGCCCUCUGCGGGCUACUCAGGGCCAGCAGGGGCUACUCACAGCCAACCAAGGGCUCCUUGUGACCAUUCAAGGGCUACAUAUCCAUGCAGUGGCUACUUGUGGUCAUGUAGGGGCUACUCAUGGCCAUCAGGGGCCACUGAUAGCCCUCUGUGAGCUACUUAGAACCAUCAGGGGCUACUGAUAGCCCUCUGCGAGCUACUUAGGACCAUCAGGGGCUACUCCUCGUCAUCUAGGGGCUACUCACAGCCUUUUGUGAGCUACCCAUGACCUUGUGCCGGCUACUCCUGGCAAUCCAGAGCCUCUACUCAUGGCCAUKCAGUGGCUACUCACAGCCUUCAAGGAGCUACUUGUGAUCCACAGCAAAAGGACAGCAGCGCUCCAGUGGCUACUGACAGCCUUUGGUGGGCUACCCAAGGCCAUCAAAGGCUACUCGUGGUCAUCUAGGGGUUACUCACAUGAGCUACCCUCUCUGAGCUGAGAUGGUCAUCUGUGAGCUACCCAUGGCCCUGUGCUGGCUACUCCUGGCAAUCCAGAGCCCCUUCUCAUGGCCAUUCAGUGGCUACUCGCAGCUUUCAAGGGGCUACUUAUGGUCAUCCAGGGGCUACUCAGGGCAAUCCAGGGCCUCUACUCAUGGCCAUUCAGUGGCUACUCACAGCUUUCAAGGGGCUACUUAUGGUCAUCCAGGGGCUGGCUACU